AUGGCAUUGCAUAACUACAUUUACACAAAGCACGAGGAUCCGAACAAGAACAAGAUCGCAAGGCCUAGCGAUCCGAGGCCGGAACCAAUCAAGUUGGAGAAGGAAAGUGGGUCACGUGACAUUGAUGGUUGCGAGAAGCCGUAUAGAAUAAGCGUGAAUAUGGUGGACGAGGUUGGAAGUAAGAUUUGUGUUGGUCAAGGAGUGCACGAGAAUUGCGAAAAAGUGAAGAGUAAGCCGAUUGUGGAGGAUGCCAAGGAGAAGUGGGUGAUAAUCGACGGAAAGCGACGCAGACUCCGGAGUCGAUUUUCGGAGAAGGUGUUUGAGCGGCGGAAGAGUGAGGCAAGGAUUUGA